ACAGCUUCGACGACAGCAGCUCUAUCAGCAGCGGAGAGAUCAGCGACACUAUUGCUGAGAUCAGCACAGACGAGAACCUCACGGGGUCCUCCCAGGGGGCCCUCUCCGAUAACCCUUACAACAGCCUCAAAAGGACCCCAAAAGACAUCCUCUCUAUUCAUGCGGGCUACGGAACCAACGGGGGGUCAUCGGGUCACCCCCCACCUCUGGGACACCCUCCACCGCCCCCGGGGUAUGCUGGGAAGAGAGUGCCCACUCUGGGCACCAGCGCGUUUAUGGGAACUGACUACAACAGCGACUCCGGAAUAGGAAGUGGAUGGGGACGGAAGUACUCCCUGACGCAAGCCGGAAAGUUCCUUAGCAACGACCCUAACAAACUGCUGAGUAGCGACCCCAGCGACUACGGCUACGGCUACGGUUGGCCUUCCUCUCGUAGCGAGGGCGGGUACAGCUCUUUGAGAAAGAUGAGCAACGGGAGUAACCCAGAUUACGCGUACUACUCAGAGGGUGACUACGACUCGCCUCACCGGUCUUUCUCUCCGGCGCCUGGUGUUGGCGGGAUGAAGAAAGACACGGAGACCAACACCGACCAGUCGCACCUUCUGGAAGCGAGCAUGCGGCGCCUCAACACAAGCGGCACGCGCAGCGGGAACGCAACUCCCCCCGGAAGCAACGGCGCUGGGACUCAGUUCGGGUACCGCCGCUCCCUUAGCAACGCCAGUAACUCCUCCGCCGGGAGUAGCAGUAAGAAUGGCGGCGGCAGUUCCAAAUCUUCGAGUCACGGCUCGUCGGCUGUGGGGAGCCGUCUGGCCAAGCACGGAGUGGACACUGGUCAGCGGUCCGUGCACGACAUCCCCCGGCCGGCCAGCGCCGCCGGCAAACCCAUCAAUCCGGACAUGGCUCUAGUGGAGGGAUACAACUCCUCCACGCUGGAUAGAAAGAAGAAAAACGGCGGGCUCACGCCGAGCAAGUCCACCGGCUGCACGCAGACGGACCGAGACUUCCAGUCCAGUUCUCUGGGACGCCGCCGCCUGUUCGGAAGUAAGGGGAACUUGAACAAGUCUCAGGGCGACUCGCCCAGUCCUGUGGGCGGGACUAUCAUCUCCAACCCCCACGCCACGUACUCAAGGGGCGGGGAAAAGCCCAGCAGUCACUACGUCAACCUCCAGGAGCUCCACGCGCGGAUACCGGGUUCAAACUACGUGCCUCUGGAGUUCGCAUCCAGCCCCAGAAACUCGUCGCUCGGCAGCCCUGCCGCGCUGGGGCCAGGAAGUAUGUGGUUGAAAUCUUCCCACUCGAGUAACGGUGUGGGCCUGCCCCCCGGCCCGCCCCCCUCCCACUCGCCCCACCCCUUCCACGCCCACGCCAUGUCCGACUCGGAGACGUUUGAGUCUCUGGCCCACCCCCACAUCCAGGCUCAGAUCCAGCAGGCCCGCGCCUUGACCAACGCCCGGAUGAUGGCGCACCACGCGGACAUGACCCCGCCCCCUCUCCCUGGCUCCUCCCCCUCUGCCUCUCAAGCGCUGCAGCGCUCCAACAGUAUUAAGUCCGACAGCGCCUACCCCAGAACCAAACACUCUUCCUUCAGCGAGGACCUCCCUCGCACUGGCUCUUUCUCCCAGCUAGCCAGCCCCCAAGGCCCCCACACUGUCCCAGCCUCCCCCACUCUCAGCCAAUCGUCUCGCUUUACCUACCCUAUGGCCUACGCCCCGCCCAACGCGGUGGGGGCGGGGCCUAACAUGGUCCGCUCGAGCACUCAGUCCAGCCUCCCGUUCUCGGCCCUGGGCAAACGCGCGAGCCGGGACGAGGACGAGAGUCGUAAGUCGACGCUCAACGAACGUCGUUUUCUUUUCCCCUUUCUUCCUUCCGUCAGUCCAUCUUUCUUUGAUUCCUUCCCAGUUUUAUUGGCAUCCCUGUACUCUUUUUGUUUUGGUUCUUUCCUUCAUUCCACCAAGUCCUGGCUUCUGUUGACUAACGAACGGUUUUAGUUCCCUUUUUCGUCCGUGAAUGGUUUGAAU